AUUUUCUCUGUGAUUCCAUUAAUGGAUGAAAACAGAGAGCUCAAUUGCAAAAUGUGAAUCUGCAUUAUGAUCCUUCAAUAUAUCAACAGGGAGAUCUAGCGCGGAUUGUUUAGCAGUAAGGAAAAUGAUAAAUUCAGUUGACAAUUGGCUGCAAAGGCAGGCAAGUGCCCCUGUGGGAGGAGUACCUGGUAUGCCCUUAAGAUCUAGUGAAAAUGUUCAAGAUUUAACUGGAAAUGCAGUACUUCUGCAUGGAGAAUUGGACUUGUGUAUUAUAGAGGCAUGCUCACUUCCAAAUCUAGACGCGAAAUGUCUUCCCAUGUUUUCUUGGAAAAGCAAGGACAGCACCAAUGCGUCAGGAUUGGUAGAUACUAGUGAUCCCUAUGUAUCUGUGUGUCUAGCUGGGGCAAGUAUAGCUCGAACAGCGGUGAUUCCAAAUGAUGAAAAUCCGACAUGGAAUGAACGUCUGUGUAUACCAGUUGCUCAUGCUGUAGACAAAGUAGAGUUUAUAGUCAAGGAUAACGAUAAAGUAGGUGCUGAACUGAUAGGGAUAGUGGCGAUACCUUCUAGUAAAAUUGCUGAAGGUAAUCAAAUAAAUGGUUGGUUCCCAAUUUGUGGAUCCUCCGGUGCUCCCUUGGAAACUGAUGCUCAACUGCAUUUGUCAAUCCAUUAUACGCCUGCAACAGAGAACCCUUUGUAUAAAAAUGGUGUUGGUACUGAGGCUGAUCAAAAGGGAGUGCCGCAUACUUAUUUUCCUCUACGAAAAGGAGGAGAUGUUACACUUUAUCAAGACGCUCAUGCGCCUGAUGAAACACUCCCUGAAAUCUUACUAGAUAAUGGCAAGGUCUUUAAGCAUAAUAAGUGUUGGGAAGACAUAUGCCAUGCCAUGUUGGAGGCACAACAUCUAAUAUAUAUUGUUGGUUGGUCUGUCUAUCAUCUUGUUAGAAUCAUAAGAGAACCUACAAGGCCAGUGCCUUCUUCUGGGUGGCUAGAGCUGGGGGAGAUGCUAAAGUACAAGUCACAAGAAGGCGUUCGUGUGAUAUUGCUGAUUUGGGAUGAUAAAACUUCAAAUGAUGAUUUAUUCCUCAAGACGGAAGGUGUAAUGCAAACUCAUGAUGAAGAGACCAAAAAGUUCUUUAAACACUCAAGUGUCAACUGUAUUCUUUGUCCUCGUUCUGCUAGCAGUAAGCUUAGCAUUUUCAAGCAGCAGGUUGUCGGAAACAUUUUUACACAUCAUCAGAAAUGUGUGAUUGUUGACACACAAGCAGCUGGCAAUAAUAGAAAGAUUACUGCUUUUGUUGGAGGCCUAGAUUUAUGUGACGGACGAUAUGAUACUCCUGAACACAGAUUGUUCAGUGAUCUUGAUACCGUCUUUGAAAACGAUGUUCACAAUCCCACAUUCACAAGUAGCUCAGGUGGACCAAGAGAACCAUGGCAUGAUUUACACAGCAAGAUCGAAGGUCCUGCUGCUUAUGAUGUUUUGACAAACUUUGAGCAGAGAUAUAGAAAGGCUAUAAAAUGGAUUAGAAUAAAAAAAUGCAAACCAGGGUUAGAUUCAUUACUUAAGUUAGACAGGAUUCCAUCAAUCCACAUGCCCGCUGCUGGACCGGAUGGUGACCAAGUAGUUCAUGUCACAAAGGAAGAAGAUCCGGAAAAUUGGCAUGUUCAGAUUUUCCGAUCAAUAGAUUCAGGAUCUGUUAAAGGGUUUCCGAAAGACGCUAAAGAAGCAAGAGCUCAGAAUCUUGUCAGUGGAAAGAACUUGAGGAUAGACAGAAGCAUACACCUGGCUUACGUGAAAGCAAUUCGAUCUGCUCAGCAUUUCAUUUACGUAGAGAAUCAGUAUUUUCUUGGUUCUUCAUAUUGCUGGCCCUCCUACCGAAAUGCAGGUGCAAAUAACCUUGUCCCUAUGGAAAUUGCUUUGAAAAUUGCCAGCAAAAUAGCAGCAAGUGAACCUUUUGCUGCAUACAUUGUGAUUCCAAUGUGGCCUGAAGGUAUCCCAACCAGUAACGCCGUGCAGGAAAUUCUCUUUUGGCAGGGUCAGACAAUGUCUAUGAUGUACAAAAUUAUCGCACAGGCUCUUGAAAAUGCAGGCAUAUCUCAAUUUUUCCAUCCUCAGGAUUACUUGAACUUCUACUGCCUUGGUAACAGAGAAGCAAAAAAGCGCGGAGGUGACGGAGACAAUCCAACUCCCCAGGAACACACACAUGAAUUAGCUCAAAAGUUCCGCAGAUUUAUGAUUUAUGUACACUCCAAAGGAAUGAUAGUAGAUGACGAAUAUGUAUUGCUGGGUUCUGCAAAUAUCAACCAAAGAUCUUUGAGUGGUUCAAGGGAUACUGAAAUUGCUAUGGGAGCUUAUCAACCACAUUACACAUGGGCCAAAAAGGAGGCUCAUCCACAUGGCCAGGUCUAUGGUUAUAGGAUGUCUCUCUGGGCUGAACAUCUUGGCAGAGUUGAAGAGGGCUUCAUGGAUCCACAGACUAUCGAAUGUGUUAGACGUGUUAACAAGAUAGCUAGACGCAACUGGCAAGCAUUUGUAGCAGAUGAAUAUAAGCCAAUGAAAGGGCAUUUGAUGCAAUAUCCAGUUCAUGUUAGUAAAAAUGGAGAAGUCACAGCACUGCCUGGAUUUGAGUGUUUCCCUGAUGUUGGAGGUAAGAUUCUUGGGGCACCAACCAAUCUCCCCGACGCCCUUACCACGUAACAACUCAUAUAGUAGCACAACUUGAAAUGCAUAUAUAUAUACAUAUUGUGCAUCUGAAGUUCCAACUACUGCUGAAGCAAUAUAUCCAAGGAACAUGGAUAUGUUUCUCUGACAGGCUGAUGAUUAGACAUGUAUAAGGUUCCAUCUCUUCUAUGAUGGAAAAAGUUGUUUAGAUUGGAAAAUGUUGUUUUACAUAGGAUUUACUCAUUCUUUUCAAUUAUUCAUCAAGUAACUGAAAUUAAUAUAGUACUA